AUGGAUGGGAUUUCUCUAGCCAAACAAAAUCAUUGGGUAGAGGUGAUUCUGAGUCUCCGAAAACUAUCUUCAUUAAGCUUAAGGGGAUGUGAGCUGUCACAGGUCAUGUAUCCAUAUUCUUCUUCAUUUCUCAACUCUUCUUCUUCAUCUAUUGAAUUCCUGUCUCUUGAAAACAACAAUCUGACCUCAUCCAUGUACCAUUGGUUGUACCCAUUAACCGGCAAUAAACUUCGUGCUCUCUAUCUCUCUAGCAACAUGUUAGAUGGGAUACCCAAAUAUCUUGGUAACCUCUCUAGUUUGGAAUAUUUUGCAUUUGAUAACAACUCUGCUGUUGUCAAUUUUCCUGAUUUUCUCAACAACUUGUCGUCUGGAUGCACAUCGCUUACAUUACAUGAGUUGUCUGCUGUACAUAACCGAUUUAUAGGGACACUCUCCAAUGAGACCCUAUCAUUGAAAAAUCUUGCCACUCUUGAUAUGAGCUCUUGCAAUCUAGGGCCUCACUUCCCCAGAUGGAUUCAAACUCUGAAAAAUCUUUCGUAUCUUGAUAUUGCCAAUAAUGAAAUUUCAGACACAAUUCCUUUGGGGUUUUGGGACAUGUGGCCUUCUGAAUUAACAUAUCUCAAUCUCUCUUCCAACAACAUCAGCGGGAAAGCACCAGAUUUAUCAUCAAAUUUUGGCAACAAUUCUAUCAUAGAUUUGAGUUCCAACAGAUUUUAUGGUCCAAUAACAAACGUCUCUUCCACUGUGGCAUUACUAGAUCUUUCUAGAAACAAAUUCUCUGGUGGAAUCUCCUUCUUAUGCCAAAUUGUCCAUGGGUUUUUACUUGUUCUUGACCUCUCCCAUAAUCUUCUAAGCGGAACACUUCCAGACUGUUUGUGGCAUUUCAAAGAAUUAAAAAUCUUAAUCUAG